AAGGUUAAGGUCAUUUGUUCCAUGAUGGCCGCCUCCUGAAACCUGAACACCACGUGUAGCAAUGUUUACGUGCUGAAAGCUCUGUGUGUCUGUCAGUAUGUCCAGUAUCUCAUAUGUAUCAGCAACAGACAUUCUCAAAGAUCCAUUUUCUGGAUUUAAGGCAAUGACAAGUUCAAGAAAGAUUUGCCUACCCCCGCGAUACUUAGGAAACGUAUCUCAAGGAAUUCGAGAUCAGCUGGACUCGGAAAUCAACUUGUUUUGUACAGAUUUGCAGAGUGUAGUCAUAGCCUAUGACAACAUCAAAUUGCUGAGUGCUCUCGGGAAUAUUAUGGAUGACUCGCCCUUCCUCCAUCUUCGACUACAGGCUGACUACAUCCUCUUCAAGCCCACACUGGGGUGUGUUCUCAAGGGGACAGUUAACAAAAUGAGCAAAGAUCAUGUUGGUUGUCUGGUUCAUGACCGCUUCAAUGCAUCAAUCCAUCGACCUCGAACCCACCUGAACGGCUGGCGGGGGUCUGUGCUUCGACCAGGGGAGGAGUUUCCAUUCCAAGUGGAAGACAUCUACUCCAACAAUUCAGUUAUCUCCCUCAAGGGGAAGUUGGUGGAUCAGAAGAUCAUUGAACAGUACCUAAAAUCCUUCAAAAAAGAUGGCAGCACACCUUGUGCAGGAACAACAAAUGAUGCUUCUCCAAGGGAGGAUAACUCUCUUGUAGACUCAGAAGGGGAGAUAACUCUCGACAAGGAUCCUAUUUUGUCUCAGAAGCGAGGUAGAGCAAGUUCAGGAUCUAGAGACUUGGACAUGGUUGAUGGGAAUUUGUCCCAGUUGGUUGAUGUUAUUUCAGAGAAUGACAUGUGUCCGUCAAAGUCCAAGAAAAUGAAGAAAAAGAAGAGAAAGCAUGUGCAUGAAGACGUUUCCGAAGUUGCUUGUAAAAAAAUACAAGAAAAAUCCCUGGCCCACAGUGAACUUGACUCAUUUACUGCAGUUUCUGUAAAGAAAAGAAAGCUUAAUUAUUCAGAUUCAAUUAAUGAAAGUGUGUCGGUGAAAAAGGUUCACUUUGAUCCAAAAGUUGUUGAUUCUUUUGAAAGAUCAAGGGAGAAAAAGAGGAAAAAGAAGAACUCUUUUGACAUCUCAGAAAUAUCUGGUGAAGAUACAUCACAUCUUGUAGAUAGUUCCUUCGAGAGUAGUUCUGUUUUUGAUAAUUUCCAUGAGCAGUCAAAGACAGAAAGGAAGAAGAAGAAGAAGAAGGAAAAGAAUGUACUUAACAUCUCUCAAAUUUCAGGAGAAGGUGUGUCAGAUUUUGGGGAUAGUUCAAUCCAGGACAGUUCUUUUGUGGAUUGGGAGGAAAGUGAACAGUCUUGGACAGAGAGUAAGAAGAAGAAGAAGAAAAAGAAGAAGAAGAAAUUUGAAGAUGACAGUUUUGGUAAGGCAGAAUUAGCUGCCACAAAAAUAAAGCCAAAACAAUGUUCACCAGAAAAAGAAACUGUCAGUGAUGGUGCAAAGAGCAAGAAGAGGAAGGAGAAGAAGUCCCCGAGACAGAGUGUAUCUGAGUUGGAAGGUGAUUCAGAAGGUCAGGAGAACGUUCUCAGUGGUCUUGCAGCUGGCCUGGGAGAAAUCUUCUCUCAGAUGAAGUCCAACAUGUCAGCAGGGAAGACGAAAAAGAAAAAGAAUCAGAAAGAUUUAAUGGAGGUGAUGAUGGCGUUACAGAGUGAGGUGACAAAAGCAGCCAGCAGACUCACAACGCCCUCUCCAGCAGGGAGGAAAAAGAAGAAACAGAAGAAGAAGAGAAAGAGUGGGGCAUCUUCCUCUUCGGAACCGGAACUGGAUGUGCCCCGAGACAAAACGUCAAAUAAGUCGAAACAUAAAUCAAAGAGUUUUGACUCGUAUGUUACAGAGAGUGACCCCUCGACAAGUAGACAGAGUGUGAAAGAGAUGGACACCAGUGCUAUUGAUAGGUCUGUUUUAGAGUCUGUGUCCAGAAAGAGGAAGAGGGAGAGAGACAGUACGGGGCAGACAGCGCAUCAUGACGAGGAGCUGCUAACAAGGAAAAAGAAAAAAAAGUUAAAGAAAGAUCGGAUAUCAGUUUAAGUUUUGUUUGUAAUGUUAUCGACAAUGAAUUCAUCAUUACCGAUAAUUUGUAGAUUAUUCAACACAUUUUGUUUUGAUGUCUAAUGUAGAAAGAAGUUCCCCUCAUGUAUAAUGAAACUGGUGAUAUCAAAAUGCUUUCAGAUGUUUGAAUAAUGUUUCAAGCAUAUUGAAAUGAAUAUGAUAAAGGAAACUGUUGAA